CCUUCGACCUUCCUUAUGCGGUCACACAUGGCGCACCUCCCUUAUAGAUACUACUUCUCUCGCUCUCUCGUUCCUAAUAAACUAAGCAGGCCAGAGCGUUCGAGAUAGAGACAAGGGCGGCCAACCGUGAACCGUCUCCAUUCCCCUUCUUAUCCUCACCAUUCGAUCUUCUUCUGCACUGCUCCCUCUGCAUCAUCCCCUCGCAUUCGAUCCCAGCGCAAGCCCAGGAGGAGGAGAGCCAGCGUCUCCGCCCCCCAUCCUCGUUCGUCUCCAUCCCUGCCCGUCUUCGGGUACAAGUAAGAGAUUGAGCGCGCAAAGCUGCCUCCUUGGUAGGUUUACGGAUCGGUUCCCCCCUUUGGGCGUGCAAAAGUCGUGUUUUUUUAGGGCAAGAAGGAGGUGUGCAUGAGAGUAGAAGAUCAUGGAGUUCUGGCCGGAGUUCAUGGCGAACAGCUGGGGGAGGGAGUUCGUGGCCGGGGGCAUCGGCGGCAUGGCCGGGGUCAUCUCCGGCUACCCCCUCGACACGCUCCGCAUCCGUCUCCAACAGCCGCCGACGCCCGCUUCCUCGAACGCCUCCACCCUCGCCCGACGACCCCCCUCGGCCAUCGGCCUCCUUCGCAGCAUCGUUGGCCGGGAGGGCCCCGCCGCGCUCUACCGCGGCAUGGCCGCGCCGCUUGCCUCCGUCAGCUUCCAGAAUGCCAUGGUCUUUCAGGUGUAUGCAGUCUUGUCUAGAGCUUUUGAUUGUAAGAAGACCAAUGAACCUCCUUCCUACCGAAAUGUCGCAUUGAGUGGAGUCGGAACUGGUGGCCUGCAGACUCUGAUACUAAGUCCCGUUGAGCUUGUCAAGAUAAGGCUCCAAUUGCAGAUGGUCGGCAAUAGGGGGUACCGAAGUCGUCGUUUGGGGCCUAUCGAAAUGGCCAGGGAGAUCAUAAGGAAGGAAGGGGUGAAGGGAAUAUACCGAGGCCUCAUGAUCACAAUCCUUCGAGAUGCACCUGCUCACGGAGUCUACUUCUGGAGCUACGAGUACGCGAGAGAGAAGCUACACCCGGGUUGCAGGAAGAAUGGCCAAGAAAGCCUCGGCACAAUGCUUGUGGCCGGAGGUUUGGCCGGAGUUGCAAGUUGGAUUGUUUGCUACCCACUAGAUGUGGUGAAGUCCAGACUUCAGGCACAAUCAAUGCCUGAGGCAGGUCAGCCUCCUCCUAAAUACAACGGAAUUGUCGAUUGCUUCCGCAAGAGUGUACGAGAAGAGGGUGUAGCUGUGCUGUUUCGAGGGCUUGGAACAGCAGUCACCCGCGCAUUCCUGGUGAAUGGGGCCAUCUUCACUGCUUAUGAGUUAGCUCUCAGGUCCUUGUUCAAUAGCAAUGAAGCAUUAACAAUGGAGGAAACCUGAAUUAUUCAUAUGCUGCAUUAAAAAUGAGAUAUCAGUAAACUGAUUCAAGUCACAAAUGUUGUUAUCUUCUUUUGUUAAAUUGUGUAGGACAAAAAGAUAUUCAAUUAUUUGUCAUAUUGAUGUAGAUGCAGAACUAGUUCAUGUGCAUGUCUGGCACAAUCCUUUUUAUUUUCCUGAAAAAGAAUACGAAGUAUCAGGUGGAGGUAUUAUUGGUUCUUUCA